AUGCCUUCAGUCAAGCUUUAUUACUUCCCUGGAGCAUGUUCCCUCGCCCCUCAAAUUCUUCUUCACGAGGCCGGCAUAUCCUUCGAUCUCAAAUAUGAAGAGACGAAAGCCUUGUCGCCCGAGCUGCUGCAACUGAACCCGAAAGCCAGACUUCCUGUCUUGUCAAUCGACAACGGUGUAAUCACCGAGAACAUUGCAGUCAUGACAGCAAUUUCCAACGCAGCCCCUUCAAAGAAACUCAUGGGAGUAUACGGAACCUUGGAUAACAUCAAUGAUUCUUGUGAAUGA